UUAGAUUCUUGAACCAGCGUUCCUUUUCCCCUCCCUCACCCAAAACAACAAUAUAACACUUUACAAAAUUCUUUAUUAAACACCUCUCCCCCUCCUACUGCUACUGCUACUUCUACUGCUACUUCUACUUCUACUUCUAUUCAUUCAGUACAGACAGACACUAACGUAUUAUGAAUUAGGGAUAAAGUUACCUAAUGGCGACAUUACUCUUCAUCUUUCUUCUUCUUCUUCUUCCAAACUCCAUCAACGCCGACACAGAUCCAUCCGAUGCCUCAGCUCUGAUGGCCAUGUAUCAAAAUUUAAAUUCUCCGGGACAAUUAACCAAGUGGAGCUCAAGCGGUGGUGAUCCCUGUGGAGAAAGCUGGAAAGGUGUUACCUGUUCGGGCUCCAGAGUCACAGAAAUCCAACUAUCCAGUCUUGGGCUCUCCGGGGGAAUAGGAUUUCAACUUACAAGUUUGACAUCAUUGACAGACUUUGAUGUAAGCAACAAUUAUCUUGGCAAUCAGAUACCCUAUAACCUUCCUCCGAACUUGCAAAGAUUAAAUCUUGCUGGAUGUGGAUAUAGUGGCAACCUUCCGUAUUCUAUAUCACAAAUGACUUCUCUAAAAUACUUAAAUGUUGCCCGCAAUCAAAUUAGUGGCCAAUUGCCUGAUAUGUUUGGGCAACUUUCAGCUCUAUCUACUCUGGAUCUAUCUUUCAAUUCUUUUGCGGGUGACCUUCCUAAGAGCUUCAGCUUACUAUCCAGUGCAACUGAUAUGUAUUUGGAGAACAACCAGUUUACAGGCUCUAUUGAUGUCCUUGCCAAUCUUCCCCUUAAAAAUCUGAACAUUGCCAAUAACAGAUUUACUGGUUGGGUUCCUAGCCAGUUGAAAAACAUAAAUCUGCAAAUGGAUGGUAACUCAUGGAACUCAGGGAUUGCACCUGGUACACCUGCAGCUGGAGGGGGGAGUGAAAAUCGCCAACCAAGUGGCAAUACCCCAUCUUCAGUCAAUACUAGUGGUGCUGGAAAGAAAUCUGGUGUCAGUGGUGGAGCUAUAGCAGGAAUUGUGAUAUCCAUUUUGGUUGUUGGUGCAUUUAUUGCAUUCUUUUUGUUGAAGAAAAGAUCCAAAAAGUCAUCUACAGAUAUAGAAAAGACUGAAGAUCGGUCUUUUGCUCCUGUUACUUCAGAGCCACAGGCAGUUGAAGAAAUGAAGCCUGUUUCCAUGGUCGACACAAAAACAUUUGAAACUCCGGCAGCUAUAUAUCUGAAACCACCACCCAUGGGUAAUUACAAAUCAUUCGAUGACAAUGAUUUCUCAGCAAAGCCCAUUGUUCCCAAGAAAGUAAGUGUAGUUCCACCAGAUGCCAUGUCAUACUCAGUAGCUGAUCUUCAAAUAGCUACAGAUAGCUUUAGUGCUGAGAACCUCAUUGGUGAAGGAUCUAUCGGGCGUGUUUUCCGUGCAAAAUUUGAAGAUGGAAAGGUUCUUGCUGUUAAGAAAAUAAAGGCAUCUGCUCUCCCUGGCCGCUUGUCAGAAGAUUUCAUUGAUAUAGUUUCAGACGUAUCGCGAUUGCGCCAUCCUAAUGUAACUGAGCUUGUUGGCUACUGCUCCGAGCAUGGACAGCACCUCCUGGUUCAUGAGUUUCUUAAAAAUGGCUCUCUGUAUGAUUUCUUGCAUCUCUCGGAUGAAUACAGCAAGCCAUUAAUAUGGAAUAGCCGUGUGAAAAUUGCUUUAGGGACAGCACGUGCAUUGGAAUAUCUACAUGAAGUAUGCUUGCCAUCUGUUGUUCAUAAGAAUAUUAAAUCGACCAAUAUCUUGCUAGACUCGGAGCUAAAUCCUCAUCUUUCUGACUCUGGGUUAGCGAGCCUUGUCCCAGAUGCAGAUCAGGCAAUGGAUGAGAAUGUUGGUUCUGGAUACAGUGUCAGUGCCCCAGAGGUUUCCAUGUCUGGUCAGUACACGAUUAAGAGUGACGUCUACGGUUUCGGUGUCACCAUGUUGGAACUAGUUACUGGAAGAAAACCAUUUGAUAGGUCAAGGACAAGGGCAGAGCAGUGUUUGGUGCAAUGGGCGAUACCUCAGCUUCAUGACAUUGAUGCUCUUGGGAAGAUGGUUGAUCCAGCACUUAAAGGACUGUAUCCUGUCAAAUCUCUUUCUCGAUUUGCAGAUGUAAUUGCUCUAUGUGUACAGGCGGAGCCAGAGUUUCGGCCCCCCAUGUCGGAAGUGGUUCAGGCAUUGGUUCGACUGGUGCAGAGGGCAAACAUGAGCAAGAGAACUGUUGGUAUCGAACAGGGUUCGUCUUUGCGCUCUGCCAACCAAGAUUCUUAGGAAUAUAUGUAUUUUGUUUGAUUCUUGAAAAGUGGUUUUUUUUUUUUUAAAUAAUUGCAUAUAGGAAAACAAUAGACAAGUUGGAAGCAUUG